CUGCGCGCCGGCACCCAGUCGGCCCCGAGGCAGGAGCCGCGCACCCUCCUCCCGCCCGCCCCGCGCGAUCUCGGGACGCCUCGCCCCGCGGGCCGCCGCUCCUGCGCCAUGGACCCUGCUCGGCCGCUGGGGCUGCUGCUCCUGCCGCUGCUCCUGAACUGGGCCGCGCCGGGCGCUGCCGCUCAGGCGCCCACAGGAAAUAACGCGGAGAUCUGCCUCCUGCCCCUGGACGAAGGGCCCUGCCGGGCCCAGGUGCCCAGUUACUACUACGACAGGUACACGCAGAGCUGCCGCCAGUUCAUGUACGGGGGUUGCGAGGGCAACGCCAACAAUUUCGAGACCUGGGAGGCCUGUGAUGACGCUUGCUGGAGGAUAGACAAAGUUCCCAAAGUUUGCAGGUUGGAAGUCAGUGAGAACCGGUGUGGGGAAUCCAUAGAAGAGUAUUUCUUCAAUCUAACUUCCAUGACAUGUGAAAAAUUCUUAUUUGGUGGAUGUCAACCAAAUGAGAACCGGUUUCCAGAUGAAACUACUUGUAUGAGCUUCUGUGCACCAAAGAAAAGUCCAUCAUUUUGCUACAGUCCAAAAGAUGAGGGAAUAUGCUCUGCUAAUGUGACUCGCUAUUAUUUUAAUCCAAGACACAAAGCCUGUGAGGCCUUCACUUACACUGGCUGCGGAGGGAAUGAAAAUAACUUUGUUAACAAGAAAGAUUGCAAACAUGUUUGUGCAAAAGCCUUGAAGAAGGAAAAGAAUAAGAAGAUGCCAAGGCUGCUUUUUGCCAGUAGAAGGCUGAAAAUUCAGAAGAAGCAAUUUUAAGCAAUUUUUGUAUGUCAUCUUGUGAAUGCUUAUUUGUCUUUAUAGUUAUAUGUGAAGAGUAAUAUGGUAACAUGAGGAGACAAAUCAUUAGAGAUUUAUUCACCAGUUUUUAUUGAUAAAAGUCACUUUUUUGUGUACUUCUUAUACAUAA